AUGUUUUGGGUGCCUCCUCAGGGGUCUCCAAUGCUAGUGCGGACACAUAAAAACAGACUGGCACCUGUGGCCAUCUUGUCUCAAUCUUCUUCAUUUUUGUUUCCAUCCUCUCCUCUCCGCUCUUCUGCCUCCGUCGUCGCCAUUGCCACUCGCCAUAGAAGCAGUAUUACGUCGUCUCAGCGUUCCACAAUGGCUCGAUUUCCCUCCCAUCAGAACCGGCCGGUCCAUGCGACCCCGACCCCAUACGUGAAUCAUGCUGCUCCCGUUGACCCAAAUUUCGAUACUGCCAACCCUGCAUACAUUCGCAAAUAUCUCCGCACCUACGGUCUGACACCCCCGCGCGCGGAGUCAUACGAAGUCCAGAAGACGCGGUGUCUCGCUCAGUUGGCCCUCAAGCAGACUGUGAUAGAUAAAUUCCUCUACCUUAGCACCAUCCGCAAAAACAAUGUCCACCUCUUUUACCGUUUGAUGACAGAUCAUCUCAAGGAAUUGACACCUUUGAUUUACACACCUGUUGUUGGAGAAGCAUGCCAAAAAUGGUCGGAAAUCUACCAGCAGCCAGAAGGCAUGUAUCUGAGCUGGGAGGACCGCGGCAAUCUGGCCGCUGUCAUCGCCAACUGGCCGCAGCCGAACGUCGAAAUCACGUGCAUCACCGAUGGGUCCCGAAUUCUCGGACUGGGAGAUCUUGGCAUCAACGGAAUGGGCAUUCCGAUUGGUAAGCUGGCGCUGUACACUGCAUGUGCGGGGAUCCGUCCCGAGGCCACCCUGCCCUUGACCUUGGAUCUGGGGACAAGCAACAAGGCUCUCCGGGAAGAUCCGCUGUACAUGGGUACUCGCCGUGACAAGAUCUCUCCCGAGGAGGAACGGGAAUUCAUGGAUGAAUUGAUGGCGGCUUUGACCGAGCGUUGGCCUGGUAUUGUCAUUCAGUUUGAGGACUUCAAGAAUCCCUUCCCCGCUUUGGAGCGGUAUCGUGAUGUCUACACGUGCUUCAACGAUGACAUCCAGGGUACGGGUGCUGUCAUCCUUGGUGGGGUCAUCAACGCCGUGAAGCGUUCGGGACUUCCCUGCAAGGAGCACCGCGCCGUCUUCCUUGGUGCUGGAAGUGCUGGUGUCGGAGUGGCCAAGCAGAUUGUUGCAUUCUUCAUGCGCGAGGGCAUGACGGAAGAUGAGGCCCGCUCCUGCUUCUACCUGGUCGACACCAAGGGCCUCGUCACUGCUGAUCGGGGUGAUAAGCUGGCAGAUCACAAGGUCUACUUUGCUCGUACGGACAACAACGGCCAGCAGUUCAAGACCCUCGACGAGGUGGUCGAGCAUGUGAAGCCGACCAUCCUUAUGGGUCUGUCGACCCUCGGCGGCGUCUUCACCCCGGCGAUCCUGCGCAAGAUGGCCGACUGGAACACUCACCCCAUCAUCUUCCCCCUGUCAAAUCCUUCCUCCAAGUCAGAAUGUGACUAUGAAAGUGCCAUCACCCACACCGAUGGCCGUGCCCUCUUCGCCUCCGGUUCCCCCUUCCAACCUUUCUCCUUCAAGAACUCCUCCGGAGAGACCCGCACCUACUACCCGGGCCAGGGCAACAAUAUGUAUGUCUUCCCCGGUAUCGGUCUGGGAACUAUCCUCUCCAAGGCGGUCAAGGUGACCGACGAGAUGAUCUACGCCUCCGGUGCAGCUCUCUCACAAGCUCUGACCGCCGAGGAGAUCGACCUCGGUCUCCUAUACCCCGACUUGACCCGCAUCCGUCAAGUCAGCAUCGUCGUGGCCCGCAAGGUCAUCCGCGCCGCACAGGAAGCCGGCGUGGACCGCGAAACUUCUCUGCGCACGAUGGACGACGAGAACCUCGAUGCAUGGAUCAAGGCUCGCAUGUACGACCCUCACAGCGAAGUCCACGCUUUGGAGAGGGAAGUCGGCGCUCUUCUCUCGAAUCUCGGGCCUGCUUCUCCUGUCUUGAAUGGCUAUUAUGAGGAAGGCAAAGAUGCUAAGCUGUAG